UUGAUUUGUGAGAGCUAGCGUAGAGGUAAGGUUGGCCCGGCCGCAAACACCCACACACACCAGUACUGCAGAUAGAGAGAAAAUAUGGUCCGUGUGGGUAAGGGAGGUACUGAAGAAGAUGAAGAGGCCGCACUUGCUUUGUUCGAGACGAAAGAAGCACGAUUCAGAGGCACAUACAGGCUGUUCGCGUCCACAGUAGUUGUGGGUAUAUGUUUGAUAUGGGUUUACAGGUUGUCACAUCUCCCAAGAUCAGCUCAUGGUCAAGGGAGAUGGGCCUGGAUUGGUCUGUUCUUGGCGGACGUAUGUUUCAGUUUGUUCUGGAUCUUCACUCAGUCCGUUCGAUGCAACGUUGUUUACCGUUACCCUUUCAAAGACAGACUCUCACAUAGAUACGAAGAGAAGUUACCGGGAGUUGACAUUAUGGUGUGCACGGCAGACCCGAAGAUGGAGCCGCCAACAAUGGUGAUAAACACGGUGUUAUCGGCCAUGUCCUACAAUUAUCCACCGGAGAAGUUGAGCGUUUACCUUUCUGAUGAUGGUGGCUCGGAACUGACAUUCUAUGCACUCCUUGAGGCCUCUACCUUCUCUAAGCAUUGGAUACCCUUUUGCAAAAAGUUCAGGGUUGAACCAAGGUCCCCCGCAGCCUACUUUGCCAACCACUUGGCCUCCAACUUGCAACAUGACCUCUCCAUCAAUAUUGGUCCCGAAUGGUUGGCUAUCAAGAAACUAUAUGAAGAAAUGAAAAAUCGCAUCGACUCAACUGUUGAAACGGGCAUGAUUCCUAAAGAAAUAAGGGACCAACACAAAGGGUUUUCAGAGUGGAACUCCAACGCAACGAAGCAGGAUCACCAGUCAAUUGUACAGAUAAUGAUUGAUGGAAGAGACAAAAAUGCCGUGGAUAUUGAUGGAGGGCGACUGCCAAUGGUGGUAUACAUGGCACGAGAAAAGAGACCCCAGUGGCCCCAUAACUUCAAAGCCGGAGCUCUGAAUGCACUUUUAAGAGUGUCGGCAAAGAUUAGCAAUGCUCCCUUCAUCCUCAACCUGGACUGUGACAUGUAUGCAAAUGAUGCAGAUGCAGUACGAGAAGCGCUAUGUUUUUUCUUGGAUGAAAGGAAAGGCAACGAGAUCGCUUUCGUGCAACAUCCACAAAAUUAUGACAAUAUAACCAAGAAUGAUAUUUAUGCAGCUUCUUCUUAUGUAGUCAAUAAGUUUGAGCUUCCGGGUUUGGGUGGAUAUGAAGCGGCAUUGUAUUGUGGCACUGGAUGUUUCCAUCGAAGAGAGAGUCUGUGUGGAAAGGUGCACUCCAAGGAUUAUAGAGGAGAGUGGAACAGUACUGAAGGAGAAAAGAAGUCGGAUAAAACUGUAAAUGAAUUGGAAGAAGCAUCAAAAGUCCUUGCUAAUUGUAGCCAUGAAAAGGACACGCAAUGGGGGAAAAAGAUAGGGCUGAUAUAUGGGUGCCCAGUGGAAGACAUUGUAACUGGCUUGACCAUCCAAUGCAGGGGUUGGAAAUCACUCUAUUAUAAUCCAGAUAGGAAGGCCUUCUUGGGUGUUGCCCCAACAACCUUAGAUAUAGCUCUUAUUCAACACAAGAGGUGGUCCGAAGGCAUGUUUCAGGUAUUCUUCUCCAAGUAUUGCCCCUUCAUAUAUGGACGUGGGAAGAUAAAAUUGGGUGCCCAGAUGGGAUAUUGCAUCUAUCUUUUGUGGGCUCCAAUUUCCUUGCCAGUACUCUAUUAUGUGAUUGUUCCUCCUCUCUGCUUGCUGCGUGGCAUUCCCUUAUUCCCCCAGGUUAAAAGCCUAUGGUUCCUGCCUUUUGCAUACGUUUUUCUAGCUAGGAAUACAUGCAGCAUCGCUGAGGCCCUGUGUUCUGGGGAUACACUCGAAGCUUGGUGGAACUCUCAACGAAUUUGGGUGAUCCGAAGGACUACUGCGUACUUUUUCGCGUUCAUUGACACAAUUUCUGGGACGUUAGGACUGUCUCAAACAACAUUUGCACUCACAGACAAGGUGAUGAUAGAGGAUGUAUCAAAGAGGUACAAUCAAGAGAUCAUAGAGUUUGGAAGCUCAUCUAUCAUGUUCACCGUUAUGGCAACACUGGCAAUACUAAAUCUCUUCAGCUUAAUUGGGGGAAUUACAAAGGCUAUUAUGGAUUUAGAGUACUUGAUGGAGUUAGACCAGUUGAUCAUACAGAUAAUUCUUGUGGUGCUAUUUGUGAUACUCAAUAUUCCAGUGUAUCAAGCACUCUUCACCCGCCGUGAUAAGGGCUGUAUCCCAUCCUCUGUUUUAUUCAACUCGAUUCUUUUAGCUUCGCUGGCUUGUUUGGUGCCUAUCAUAUAGAUGCAACUUUCCUAUAGGCCAUAAUGUAAGUCAGUCACGGGGUAUCUGUUUACUGUUUUAUAAUUCUAGAAAAAUGUUGAAUCCUAUCA